AUGACAAAACUAAUGGAAUGGCUUUUAUUUGCUGCUUUAUUUUUUAGUAUAUGGAUUGCUGCAAUUACUGAAAGUGCCAAUUUACCCUUUAUCACUAAAUGGAAACAAAUUAUUCUUUUUCUUCCACUUAUUGCUUUAUUUCUAUGUAGUUUAUAUGCAGCUAUUACUAUUUUAUAUAGAGUUUUUACAUUUAACAAUUGUGAAAAUGCAGCCAUUGAAUUACAGGAACAAAUAGAGGAAGCUAAAAAAGACCUUCAGAAUAAAGGUGUGGUUUUGAAGACUUUAACUUUUAAAAGACAAACAAAUUGA